ACAAUGUAAAUACGCACUUAAUUGAAGACUACUUGAAGUUCUAUGAAUAAAGUACCUAAUAAACAUAGGUUCUUUAAAUAAACAGUUAGAAUCAACAAACAAUUGCUUCAUGGAUAUCUAGUACCUACAUGAAUCUUGUUACAGUAUUUAACUAACGUAACAACUUGUAAACGACAUCUUACUGUUUAUCAAAACAAUAUAUUGACAGCGCGUGACGUAGUUCGCUCGCAUACUUUGUCGUCUUCGAAUAAAGAAGUAAUAUCCGCUAGGUGGUGCGCGUGAAACUCAAAAUGGCGCCGAACGUCAGAGGCGGCACCAACCAAUCCCGCGCGUUGGUCGUCUGGUAAACACAGCGCGGCGCCAUUACUGUAGUCGGCAGCGUGGCGUUAUUUUUUGUGUGGCAUUUUUAAUCAUAUUUUCAAGUUUUAUUAUGGUUCAGUGUGCAGUUAGAGGUUGCAGUUCGAGAUCCGAUGUUCAUAAUCAUGGGGCAGGAGAUAUUCACUUCCACAGGGUACCAAAAAAUCGUCAUGUGCGUAGCAAAUGGAUACAGUCACUACAAAAAGACAACAUAAACGAAAGCACAAGAGUAUGCUCACUACAUUUCGAUGAGAAAAAUUACUGGACGACGAAUAAAGGUUUAAAGAGACUAGUUUCGGAAGCUUUCCCAGACAUUAAUUUGCCACCACCAGACGAGAUUUCGGAAUCAAGCGAUGACGAGGAACAAGCGCCUAAUAUUGUCAUAGUAAACCAGUUACCAGCAGUGAACACUGUAGUACCGAACAUAAGUCAGUCUAUUCCAACAAAUAUAAUUGUCGUUCCACAAUCAAGCACCGGAUUGAGGAUUGCACCACAGAUUGUUAAUCAAAUUUUAGCUCCCGUCAAUGUUGUUAGGACUACAGCGCCGUAUGUUCAAAUACAGGAACAUCAAAUUCAAGGACAAGCAGGGGAAAACUGUAGUGGGAAUGCACCAAAUGAAGGAAACUUCGAGAACCAAGUCAGAACACCACUAGAAAGUAAAUUAAUGACUGAAGUUAAACUGUUACGAGAAGCCAUCGAUUGUUUGGAGGAACAAAAUCGACGUCUACUCGUUAGAAACAAUUUUCUCCAACAGACACUCGAUAACUAUGAAAGAGAAAGAGGGGUAGGAAAUAAUUUUGAUUUUAAACCCGAUGUUUUUGGUCUGUAACACUUGAAAUUCAAUAAGACUUUUGAUAAUUU